AUGACUGAUGAAGAUCCAUUUGACAUUUAUGGCGAUGAUACGUUCUUGGGUACCGACGAGACUCACGAUGAUUUAUACGACGAAAACCCAGGCGAUGAAGAUGGUACUCGUCCGGCUAAACGUCGGCGAGAGGGCAAUAAUGUUGGUACUUCCGAUAGACCCGACGAUCUUGAAAUAAACGAAGACGAUCUGUUUGCUGACUUUGGAGAAGUUGAAAAGGAAAUGGGUGGAAUAGUGAAUAGUGCCAAGUCAUGCUACUUUGAGAAGGAGUUGUCAGAUGGAAGCGGACAUUAA